UACUCCUCUGCCGCAGAAAAUAGCUUUUCAUUUAAGAUAUUAGUUUUUCUUUUCUUUUGGACAUCUACUUUGUCUCUGAAAAUGCAAGCUGCAAAGUGGAGUCUGCUGGUUGCAUUUACUUUGUGAAGAGUAUGCAACCCAUCCCCCCCACCGCCGUCUUUUUCGCCGCUAAAGAUAGGAGUGACUUUUGCGCUUUUUUCUGCCCUCCUCCCCUUCCUUCCGCUCGCAGCUUUCGAACGUAGCUAAAUGAAGAGGAAAGAAUGGACAUACACCCUUCUCAGAGCAGUUUGGGGAUCACUCUGUAUUCGGGGGGGGGGAGUUUCAAAUUUGCCCCGGUUUUUUCCAUAGUCUGAAAAAAGGACCGGCGACAACGAGUUACAGAAUAGGGAACGGAAGAGGAAAGGCCCUUCAAACUGUAUGAAAAAUUGAGAUAAGAUUUUAUUAUGCCGGCUGGAUUCUUCCGGGUGUGCUUGGUGGUAAUCACAGCUAUUGUCAACCAUCCAUUUCUCUUCCCAAAGGAAAAUGUUACUGUUUUUGAAAACACAGAAGAAAUCAUUGAAAAGAUGAAAGAGCGUGAGGAGAACCUGAGGUUAGAGCAGCUGAAACUGGAGCAGGAAUUAGCAGCACAAGAAGUUUCAGUGGAUUCCUCAGAGGAGAAGACUGGACCAGAAAAACAGUACGACCAUGAUUCACUUUCUUGGAAUUUCUGGACUGCAUUGUCCAUGAUAGUCUUCCUUCUGAUUGAAUUCUGGAGACAGGAUUACCAGGAAGGGAACUGGCAAGAUUAUACUAAAGAAGAUGAUGAAAUUAAUGUUCUGGGAAGAACAUUCAAAGGUUUUAUUCUACCAGACAAAGUCACAUUGGACAGUUUUUAUGAAAGAUGCCUCCAGAAUGUAACAAGUGAUAUUGCUAGGAACCGAGAACUUGUGGAAGGCUUUGCAGAUGACUUAUUAGAAGCUUUGAGAAGCAUGUGUAAUCGAGAUACUGACAUGGAAGUGGAAGAGUCUAUAGGAGUUGGGAGCAUGUACGAAAACUGGAGAGCAAACAAGCCUUUCACUUGUGAUUUCAUUGUCCCCUUUAAUCCUCCAGAGCCAUACUGUUUCCAAUUUGAGAGUUGGUGUUCAGGAGAGUCUAUUCUACCGGACAAAGAAAGUUAUGGUAUGAUAAAGAUCAGCCGGACAGAUGAUAACUCAUCAAGUUGUAUCUGUGAUAAAACUAAAUUGGGAGAAGAUUUACUUUGUCUACUUCAUAGCAAAGUGAGCCAAUCUAGGCAGAAUAACCAUGUGGAAGAUCUCCUUUGCUUCAAAGACACUCAGUAUCUUGAUUCUGACCAGGUUAUGACGUGGUUCCAGAUGGCACUUACCAGGGGAUGGAAUAAAAUUGCACACAAGUAUGAAUUCAGUCUUAUUUUCAAUCACCUGGAUGCUCCAGGUGCCCUGAAAAUUAAGUUCAGGUCUGGAAAAACGAUCACAUUCAAUCUCAGGCCUGUGGUACAAUAUGCAGAUUCUGAUGUAUAUUUUAUCUCUCACUUUCCAUUCAACAGCUUGGCACAGAGUUCCACCAGCAAUACUCACUGGUUUCUCACCUUUACUGUGUAUGAGAAGAGAUAUAUCCAGUUUAUUUCCAAGACUUUGCCUGCUAAUCCUUGCCACCUCAGUUGCCUCCAGAUUUUGUCUUUCCUUCAUGGAAAGCAGUGCAGUCUAACAGAACCAAGUAGCUUGACAAACUACCAUUUAAAAACAAUAAUCCUGCAUUUGCUACAAAUCCAUCCUAGUUCAGCAUGGGCUUCUGACUGUCUGGAGGCCAGGCUGCAAGAUGUACUCAACUUUUUGGAGAAAAGCUUGCAAGAAAAAAGGCUUUACCACUUUUUCAUUGGAAAUAGAAAUCUGCCACAGGAACUGGGUGUUCCAGUGGAGUUCCAAAAGGCAGAACCACUGAACCUUUUCCGCCCCUUUGUACUGGAACGAAGUACUUACAGAAAAACUAUGGACAUGUUCCACGAAAUGCUUAAAAAUACAUCAGCUUUAAUUAGUGAAUAUUCCAUGCAUGUUCCAAAUGGACAGGCAACUCCACUAAAUAAAGAGCUGCACUGACAGCUCCUUCUCUGACAUACCAUAUAUGCAAAUCUCCCCAUGGGAGAAGAUGUAUACAUGUAAAAUUUAUGGCUGUAUAACAAAUACCAUUUUCAUUUUCUUUCCAAUGAUCUUGGCUGAUAUUUAUGUACUCUUUAACAUUUUUAUCACUGUGUAUCUCUUUGUUGUAAUGAAUUUAAACAAGGAAAAAACAUUUUUUAUAUAUUUAUUAUAUUACAGUUUUAGAAAUAUAGUAGAAUCUGUGUUAAGUGUUUUAUUAUUGCUGCUGUAGCAAAGUACAGUAGCCAGAUUGAAAAAGAGUGCCUUAUUUACAAGGUCUAACAUAUUUAAUGAGAGAAGGAUGUACAAUUAAGUAAUAGAUCUUCAGUCUUGUUCUGCUCCCAUUGGCAUAAAGCUCUACUAUCGUGAUUUUUUAAAUGUAAUUUUAAGUUCAUUUAGAUCAGGGUGUCAAACUGCCAGCCCGCGCGCGGGCCAGACACAUCAUCCGGAAGCCGCACCCACCCCAUUGCCGGCAAUGGCAAAACCGACCCGAUAACGUUGCACGACAUCACAUAAUGUCGCGAGUUUGACAUGUCUGGUUUAGAUAUAUGUAGCAAAACAUAUGGUUCAGUAUAACUUCCUGCAUUUGACAGUGCAAUUCCAAAUUACGCCUUUAGAAGCAGGUCCUACUAAAUUUGGAACAGCUUAUUUCUAAGGGAUCUCAACUUAAAUAGGCAAUAAAAAAUAAAUUCCAGUUCUGAUCAGUAGAUUCUACUGGAAACAGCUUCCUAAUGUAUAUCUGAUCUGUUCACCCAUCAUAUAUAUCUGAUCCACCCACCCCCAUAUAAAUAGCUGCUCUUUCACUGUAAAAUGGGGCACGGCUGUUUGUUAAGACUUUUGUUUAGAAUGAGGAUGAAAGUUGAACAAGUCCAGUCUCCCAACAUAAAAUAGUAUGGCAAUCUUAUCAAAUGUACAGUACGCAUGGUCCUUGAUUUAUGACUGGUCAUUUAACCACCAUUCAAAGUUAUGGUAUCCUUGGAAAGAAUGUUUUUCUGCCCGUAAACACUUUCAGCCAUCAUAAAAUGCUAUGUUCCCCCUACCCCAUAACGACUGCAUUUUAGGCCCUUGGGAGGGGGCUCCCAUUUACAACUGGUUACCAAACACUGCAUGAUCAAGUGAUUGCCAUUUACAAUCUUCACUAGCUUUCCCAGAAAGUCAGUGGGGAAGCUGGCAAGGACAUUUGCAAGUACUGUAGAGGGAAUAGAGGGGAGCCCAAAUCCUGAAGGCUACAGAAAUGGCACUCAAAACCUGAAAAUUUCAGCAUGGUUUCUGCAGCCCACGGAAGGAUUUUUCCUCCAUGCGUGGAGAUCUGAAAUUUUAGCAUGAAGCUGAAAUCCUGGCAAGCAGCAAUUUCAUCCUGUCCACUUAACGAUCUAAGAGAUUGCUCAAUGAACAAAACUGGGAGUGUCAGGAUUGUGGUUGUUGAGCAAAGCAGUCAUAUGAAUGUCUAUCGAUAAAGGGGGGGUGGCACAUAAAACAUAAUUUUUUUAAAAGGAAAUUCUAUAAUGCAAAUCCCAAUAGGAAAAAUUUGGAAAAUUUUAUGUCUAUCUACAUUUUUAAAAACCAUGACUCUGGAAAACUGGACUUUGCUAAAAAGACUGAAAAUUUCUUUGUGCCAUCAAUGGUAUUAGAAUAUCCAUUUUCUGACAGCAUUCUUUUUUGCAGGCAAUUUUUGCACUUAAAAAUGUUUCCUCUAUUCAUGUCAACAAUCUGCUAUAUAACUGAUUCCUUGUAAAACACAGGCUCCAGUUAAUAGGUCUAUUAAACAGCCCUCUGUGUCUCCAGUUAUUUUAAGUAAUUACAUGGUGGAAGUGGAAAAUAACUGUCAUCUUUCCCUGUCAGCACUAUUUCUAGUUUUGUCACUUGAACAAAGUCUCUCAGGAGAAACAAAAUAUGUUGUAAAAUAUCCACGAGUUCCUUUCUUCAGGGUAUCAUUGAACAUCUGUGAAAAGCUUUAUUAAAGUUUUAGUAAAUACAAAUUUAAAACUUUUGCUUAUCUCAAAAGUUAUAAGAAAGCAAGGCUGAAUUCAUAGAAAACACAGAAAAAUGGUUCAAGAAAUGUGAAUACAUAGGCUCUCUUUAAAGAUGAGUAUUCCUUUUUCAUGUCAUUUUAAGCUAUAAGCAUGGUCUAUACACAUGCAAUAAGCCAAAACAAAAAACAAAAACAUAUAGUAACUGAGUAGUAAAACCAACGUUCUCUCUAAUUUCUGACAUGCUAUAAAGGGGGGAGGGGGGAGUUUUGUGCAGCUUUUUCCAAACUGACUACAAAUUUGUGUACCACAAUAUAAAUAUAUGAGUAAAAUGUAAAUACCCAUAUCAUGUUAAAAUAUUUGUAUAUUUACAGAUUAUAUAAACUUGAAAGUAAGAGUAUGUUACAUACACACUUAAAAGUUGGGCCCUGAAAUUAUUUAUCCUUGCUGCCAACUGCCCCCUGUAGUUUUCUUGGCAACAUUUUGAGAAGUGAUUUACCACUUCUUCCUAGGGUUAAGAGAGAGGGAUAUACCUAAAGCAGGACUAGAAUACAAUCUAGCCCAGGCAUGUCAAACUGCUGGCCUGCGGGCCGGAUGCGUCACGCCAAAACCGCACCCACCCCAUUGCCAGCAAUGGGGAAAAAGUCGCGAUACAUUAUCACGAGUUUGACAUGCCUUAUCUAGCCUAACAUUAUUACUACUAUACCUUACUGGCUCUACAUAUACAUAUUUAUGGGUUAUAAACUCGCUAAUCACUGGUAACAAAAUUAUAAUCAACCAUGCCCAUAAGCUUCAACUGAUCCAGAAUUCAACAGUGUGGAUGGUGAUGGAUAUGCCUCAGUAUGCCCAUGUAACAUCUUUGCUUCGUGAGCUGUGUUGGUUGCCAGUUUAUGGGUGCAAUUAAAGGUACUUACUGGUUUUUAUUUAUAAAGACUGGCAUGGCAUCGUUACUUGAAGGACCACCUGUCUCUCACAGUAUCUGACUGAUUCAAUGUGACAGGAUUGGCACGCUGUAGGUUCCUUCAGUUAAUGCCAUUUAUUGAAACCCCAAAAGUGCCUCUUCUCUAUAGAAGCACUUGCCCUCUAGAACAAGGUUCCCCACAAGAUCCAGAUGGCCCCACCUUACUGGUGUUUUGAAGGGCUUCAAGACUGGGCUGUUCUCCCAGACCUUUAGAGAAUGUGAGGGAAGCUCUCAGAUUCUUUCUGUUCCAGUUUAGUUCUGUCUUUUUGCUAUAUUUAUCUCCUAUUUUUGCUUGUAUUUGAAUAAAGCUGGAAGUGACCUUGGAGGUCUAAUCCAGCUCUACAUUCAAGCAGGAGAACCUAUAUCAUUUCAGGCAAGUGACUGUCUAGUCUCUUCUUAAAAACCUCCAGGGAUGGAGCACCCACGA